AUGUCUUCCAAUGGAAACAAGAAAACCUUCUCUAGCGAUGAAGAUACAAUGGAUGAAAAAUCUCAAUGUGAUUCAUCCACCGAAGAUAUACACCUUCCUCACCUGGCUCCGUCCACGGCUCUGACAAGAUUUGGCGAUGUAAGAUUACCAUUGCCAGUUGGACAAUCAAAUAACCAACAAUCUACUCUCUUCUACCUCUCCUUGAUCGAGGCAAGAUGUAAAGCACAAGCCUUGACCACCUUAAACUCUGGUCGUGCACCCCAUGAUCAAUUACCGGAGGACCAUCCAGAUAUCCAACGUUUAGCUCAAGUUCUCUUUAGCGAUAUGGCGAGUGAGCUCCGUAAGUCAGGGGUACUUCCUAGAGCAGAUGAGCUUGCGAGUCGACAAUUCGCAGCUCUUCGUGAGGGUUAUCUUUCAACCUUCGAUUUAAUUCUCGCAAACAGUGCAUCACAGCGGAUGCAGAACUCGACCUUCAGCCAGAACUCUAUUCUCCCUCUGGCAUCUGGUUCAUCAUUUGGGUUGUCCUACUUUGAUCAGCCGCCAAAUCUAAAUCUUGAGAUGAUUCCCAAGAAUCCAUUCUCAUCGGCCGCGUUGACUUCGAAUCCCUUUCAGUAUAGGUCGAUUUAUAAUAGAGAAUGGGAGCAGAUUAGUCUCUUGGGCAAAGGAGGUUUUGGCGCAGUCUAUAAAGUUAGACACAGAGUUGAUGAUUUAGAGUGCGCUAUCAAGAAGGUCAUUAUCACACCAGAUCAGCUACGCAAGGUUGAUACAGCAGCACUAUUAUCUGAGGUUAAAGCAUUGGCUGAACACAAGCACCCCAAUAUCGUCAAUUACUAUGGAUGCUGGAUCGAAAUGGGCAAUGAAAUUGUUCCAUCAGCGAGGCGAUUGAUGGAAGCUGAUGAGUCAAGCUAUCUUUCCAUGACUUUGAGUGGAGUCGAGAGAUCAGAGGACGAACUUGGACUGCAGGAAGAUCCCACUUUCGGCAUGGCCAGCUUGCGUCUAGAUAUGGAGAGAGAAUUAGAGAAGGACAACAGAAGACAGCGCCAAGGGAGAAUUAGCAGUGAUGUCAUCUUUGAUAUUUCAGAGACAAAGACUACAACGGGUAGUAGGAAGUCUACUAAUGUAGUGGAAGCAGAAGAUGGAGAUGGAGAUGAAGCUGGAGAUGAAGAUGACGAUGACGAAGAUGAUAACAAUGACAAUGCCAUCAAUUCACGAGACAACAGGGCUCGCAUUCUAUACAUUCGGUUCACUGUCUAUCCUCUUACAUUAGAGGAAUACAUAUCGACUGAUGCACCGCAGACAGGCCACGAGUUUCCUAUCCGCCACUGCUUUCAUACAACUCCCACAAUCCGAAUCUUAAGUGCUAUCCUCAAUGGAGUUCAAUAUCUCCACGCAAAACGCUUGAUUCAUAGAGAUCUCAAGCCAGCAAAUAUAUUCCUAUCUGCUAAAAAAGACCUCGAAGCAUUCGUUCCUUCCUACGACCUCAUAGACGUCAGCCGGAGGGCCUGUCCUACCUGUACUGGUACUGCCGAUCAAAACAAAGCUUACAUUACACCUUGCAUUGGAGAUCUUGGCUUAGCAGUCAAAUUAGCCGAAACUACAGCUACUCCCGCUACUGGCCCUUAUACUAGAGCCAUAGAGCUCAAUCCAUCAUCACAGCUUUCUCGCCUCGGAUCAAAGCAAGCAGGGAGUGGAUUGAGGGCUUUAGAGUUGCUUAGGAGUAAUUGGUGGUAG